UUCUUUCUAUUUUUUUUUCUAUCUCACUAGCCGUAAACGUCUGUCGGAAGAUUUUCCGGUUUCUAUAGCUUUUUCUUCUUUGUUCGAAAUCUGAGCUCCUUCGAUUCCUCCCAAUCUUUUUUUUUUCAGGGCUACCUUUGAUUUUAUACAACUUUAAAGAGGCAUGAGGCUUUAGUUUUCAUGUGAUGCCGGCAACAUGCAGACAGAGUCACAGGUCUCAUUAGCCUCUGAGGCACAUUGUCAUCAAGAACAUAUUCCUAUUCAGAUAGGAGAUCCUUGUGUAGCCUCAUCCACCCCGAAUAAUGCUGUGCCAGAGCAACCUGCUAAAAAGCCAACUCGACAAUGGGCUGCUUGGACACGUCAAGAGGAAGAGAGUUUCUUCACUGCAUUACGACAAGUUGGGAAGAAUUUUGAGAAGAUUACAUGUCGUGUGCAAAGUAAAAACAAGGAUCAGGUCAGGCAUUAUUACUAUCGCCUUGUGAGGCGCAUGAACAAGCUUCUUGGUCCAGGGUUGUGUCUGGAUGCCAAAAACUCUAAAGAUACUAAUGCUGCAAUGCUUCGCUGGUGGUCUCUAUUGGAAAAGUAUAGCUGCAGAGCCUCAAAACUUCAUCUGAAACCUCGAAGAUUUAAAAUUUUUGUAGAAGCUUUGGAGCAUCAACUCUUGAAAGACCGGAAGAAGAAUGUAAGAAAACGACCCUCUCAAGGGGAGAAUAGUUCACCUACAUCUCCUAGCACUGUCACAAAUCAGAGUAGGGCUUCAGGACAUGAUGCUCGUACAGUAAAGCUGGUUCUUGUAGACAGUCAAAACAUCCAAAAAUUAGGACCUGGAAAAGGGUCAUUUAAGCGUAAUACAAAUGUAGGUGUCAAUCGUAGCAAUAGCAAAGGGGAGUCAAACACCAUGAAACCUGCGAGGCAACGACGGAAACCAGGUUCCUCAUCAGCUGCAUAUAAAAAAUGGGAGAAGGCUGCAAUUGCUGGGGUUUCUUUGGUCGCUGAUGCUGCUGAGCAUUUGGAGAGAACUACUACUGAUAAAGAAGCUGAACAUGACCAAGAUACAUCAGUUCCAGGGCAUAAGAUUCUUGACCCAGUUGAAACUAAUCAACCUCCUUUGCCUGUUUUCUCUCAAAAUCCUUUAGUUGAGAGCAACAUACAUUCUGCUGGGAAACUUAAGCUUCAACUGUUUCCAAUUGAUGACAGUACUAGAAGAGCUUUGGAAAUGGAUAAACACAAUCCACAUUUGGAACUCACUCUUAGUACUCGAAAGAAGAUAUCAUCAGUAUUGGAGCAUCUGACUCGAAAAUGGGGCAACUCAAGUGUAGCAUCAGGAGAGCUAAUGCUUUUCCCUUAUGGUGUUCAGAGAGAAAACCUAAUGGGUUAUCAGAGAUGGACUCAAGCAUCCAUUGUCAGUGCAGCAGAUGUAUAUGCAAUGAUUGGAAGCCCCCAAGUAUUUCGUCUAAGGUACGGUUGGUUUUCAGAUGCUGAAGUUGGAUCUUUGACGUGGCAAGCACCUGUUUCCUCCUACAUUCCAAGUGAGCAUAAUGUGAAUGUUGAGGGUAGGAACGGCUGUAUUGCGGAAGAAGUACAAGUAUCUGCACUAUCUACCAGUGAUCAGUCUAAGAAACUUGAUGAUCCUUGCAAUAAUCAGCCAACAUUACGGAAAGAAAAUCAUGCCCUUCAACCUCCUUUAACCAAUUUUCCCAGUGAAAUAAGUAGAUUCCUUUGUGCUGGUCCUAAAGAUAAUCUUGGGGAUUCCCCUAUUCCUGUUAGACAUGCAUCAGCAGAUAGAAGUGAGACUUGCAAUGUUGCUAUCUUGGGACAGUUGGAAGAUGUGGAUGUUCAGAGAUUGAACAAUAAUACUGCUGCAUUAUCUGCUGGAGAGUGGGCUGACAGUCUUACAAACAUAAGUGUUGGAGAUCUUCUUGCAGAAGUGCCUCAUGACUUGGAUGAUAACUGUGUUGACCACCCUGUUGCUGAAAGCUCUCAAUGUCUUCAGCAGAUUCCGUUCAGCUGUGAUUCAUUUGACGCAGCUAUUGCUGCUCAUAUAUCUAGGCAUCAAAACAAGAUGGAAGUUCCAUCGUUGGCAUCCCAUCCAUCUUCUAUCUGGGAUGCUGAAGAAACAUGCGAUGCCUUCUCAUUUUCGAAGAAUCAUAUUCCUUGUGCAGAUGUUCCUAGAUUAUCAAGUGCUGUUGCCGCAGCGUGCAAACAGAUUGCAAGAUCAAACUCAGCAGGAUCUGGCACCCUUAAUAAGCUGCUCCCACAGGAGUCACCUGAUCUGGAGGAGCCAAUGGAAAAUUCUGCUUGUGAAGACCUUGUGGAUGAAUCUCCAUCUGAUCCACACAUAAUGGAUACUACGGAAAAGGAUUUCAAUGGGCUUACUGACAUUUACUGGCCUGACUCUUUAGGACCACUAGAUCUUGAUGUACCAUCAUGUAAGUAUCAUAACGAAGAUUUGAUUUUAGGUGAUAGCCUUGGGGGUUUGAAUCGUCUAAUAGCCAGCAGUCUGGAUGCAUUUCAAAAUUGCUCAUUUUUCGGGUUGGACAAGAAAGAAUCAACAUCAACUGUGGAAGCUCGGGACACUGCAUCCUCGGCUUUUAAGAUCGGCAGUGAGGGUUGAAAUCUUCAUCGAGUUUGACUUAGAGAAGACACUAAUUGAGAGUAAAAAGCUUUUGUUGUUGGAAACCUUUUGAGGGUGUGACUAACAAGGUUGUCUGACCCGAAAGUGUGAGAGACGGGUUGGUGCAAGCCAGGAAGAAUUCUAGCUUUAUUAGAGAAUUCUCCCUGAUGAACAAGCCUCGUCAACUUGUACAAAGCACUUCCUACACUCGUGGUCGCCAACGAACUUCAUUUAUAUCUUUCUGUAUACUUGUUUAUAGUCUGAUGAUUAACUCUGCAACUAUAAUGUACGACACGCAGCCUUUCUCUCUC